AACCAAUACUUUCAAUGAUAUAAUAAUUCAAGAAUUGUUAGUUGUGUGAAUCAAACAUAAUUCAGAUUGUGUACAAAAGAUAACAUUCAAGAAAUAUGCUUUAAAAUAUUAGAAUAUCCUUUACGCAUAUUAUAUAAUGCAAUUUAAGGAGUUAAUUUGUUAGUUUUGAUAGUUAAAUUGUCAAAUAAAUUGUAUGUUAUUGCUCUAAUUCGUACGAAUGAUCCCGUGAACGUACAAAAAUUACAAAUUGUUCUUGAAACCGAUCGCACAAUGAGUAAUAAUGUUAUAAUUAUUAAUGUAGUUAAAUAUUGUUGCUUCAUUUAUUUCAACGAGUGCUAAUAGUGUAUAAUAAUAUUAUUUUUUAGUGUGGACAUGAAAACAUACAAAUAUGUUAGGUUAAUGGUACAUUAAUCGCACAGGAAAUAUAAUAAUAUUUAAAAUUUUAUAAUUUAAUUCUUUUAUCUUCUGAUAUGUGGUGUAAAAAAGGACUUAGUUACGUUAUUAAGAAUAGACGAUUUUAUACAUCUAUCUUGCAUCCAGAAAAGCAGCUUACCCCAAAUGAUACAUGCAUAUUACAACAAAUUCCAGAACCUGAGUAUGAUAUAAAUUUUUUAUGUAACCCAAUUAAUCGAGAUGUUAUUAAUAAAAACAUAGUAGCGAGAAAAGGUAUUGGAAAUAUUGACAAAGUACUUGAGCUGUCGCAAAAACCAGAACUAAAAGAAUCUUUUUUACACGAGUUAAGUCAAAUACCAAAUCAUACAGAUCCAACUGUAUUAUCUUAUGGUGAUAAACCACAGUUAUUAAAAACAUGUGGAAACAAACCAGAAUUUGAUUUUGAACCAAAGGAAUUUUCAAAAUUGGUUACAAACUUGAAAUUAUUACAAAAUCAAAGUUUAGGUCCUGUAAUAGGACAAAGAGGAUAUAUACUUGUAGGCGAUUUGGCACAAUUAGAAGAAGCAUUAGUUCAUUAUACAAUUAAGGAAUUACAGAAGCAUGGUUUUAAAAUUGUUUCUGUACCAGAUAUUAUUCCCACAAAAAUUAUAGAAAGGUGUGGAUUAAUAACAGAUAAGGGACGAACUCUUGUGUAUAAUUUACAUUCAUCUUAUGGAGAUAAUUACAGUUUGUCUGGAACAGCAGAAAUGUCAUUGGCCUAUAAAGUUAUGAAUAAUACAUUUAAUACCGUAGAAUUACCUUUGAAAUUAGCUGCUGUGAGUAGAUGUUUCAGAGCAGAAACUUCUAAACUUUCGGAAGAAAGAGGAAUAUAUAGGGCUCAUCAGUUUACAAAAGUUGAAAUGUUUGUAUGUACUGAGCAAGAGAAGUCUGUGGAGCAGUUUCAUGAACUUCAACAAAUUCAAGAACAUUUAUUUUCUUCUUUAAAUUUAUGCUUUCAAAUAAUUGAUAUGCCACCUCAUGAUUUAGGAGCUCCUGCAUAUAGAAAAGUUGAUAUGGAAGCUUGGAUGCCUGGGAAAAAAUCAUAUGGAGAAAUAUCUAGUUGCAGCAAUUGUACAGAUUAUCAGUCACGACGACUCAACAUAAAAUAUAAAACACAAACUGGAGAAUCUUUGCAUGUACAUACAUUAAAUGGAACUGCUUGUGCAAUACCACGUAUGUUAAUUGCACUUUGUGAAACGUAUCAAACGAAACAUUCUCGCAUUACGGUUCCUAAAAUUUUAGAACCUUAUAUGGGAGACAAAACGUUAAUUAGAAAACAACCUAUUGCAGAUAUGAGAAUUUAUAAAUAUAAGCCAAAAAUUUGAUGUAUCAUUGUAUUAUACAUGUAUA